CAACGAGCAGAGCUGUCACUAUUUUGGCUAGAGCGCAAGCACAAAAUCUCCCCACCUCUUAGAAUAACCUGUUGAAAGCGCUUGGCAGUCUACAUCAGGCUACGGUGGGAUGUACGUUUUCUAAUAGCCUAAUCGCAUCAAAUCAUUUGGUUUACUGAUAAAGUUAUUUUCUGCUCCUUUUCAUAGAAAACCGCAAAUCAGUCAAAUUAAAGAAGUGUUAGUAGAAACAUUUGGACCAUGUCUGGCGAAGAGGCACCGGCUCAGCAGCAGCUUACUGAACAGGAGAAGACGGGUGAUUCACCUCUGGAACCUCCAUCUGAAAUAACCCAAGAGGCUGAAACGCCCGAGGCAGAAGCCCACGCGGCAGAGAUCCCAGUGACAGAGGACCCACCUGCGGUGACGCCAAACAAGGCGCCCGAAGAGGAAGUUUUUACGUAUCGGUCUUUGGUUCUAACGGGCUACGGAGGUUAUGAAAAAAUUAAGCUUCAGGUGAAAAAAGGCAAGCCCAGCUUGAAAAGCAGUGAGGUCUUAGUGCGGGUCAAGGCGUGCGGUCUGAACUUCGCGGAUUUGUUGGGGAGACAGGGGCUGUAUGAGCUUUUGCCUUCUCCACCGGUCACACCCGGAAUGGAAUGUUCUGGGGUGAUUGAAGACGUUGGAGAAGAAGUGACAGAUAGAAAAGUUGGCGAUCGCGUCAUCACGAUGAGUCGCAGCGGUCUGUGGCAGGAGGUGGCGGCUGUGUCCGCUGACCACACCCUCAUCAUGCCUGAGCAAAUGAGCUUCGAGGAGGGUGCUGCCAUUCCCAUCAACUACCUCACCGCCUACUUGAUGCUGUUUGAGAUGGCCAACUGUAGGUCAGGCCAGAGCAUCCUCAUCCACAUGGCUGCAGGUGGAGUGGGCGUCGCUGCCACCCAGCUCUGCAAAACGGUAAAGGACGUGACCGUUUUCGGCACAGCGUCAGCCAGCAAGCACGACACCAUCAGGGAAGGUGGGGUCACCCACCCCAUUGACUACCGCACACGGGACUACGUGGAGGAGAUCAGAAAUAUCAGCCCUAACGGAUUGGAUAUUGUUCUGGACCCUCUUGGAGGAUCAGACACCCACAAAGGCUUCAAUUUGUUGAAACCCAUGGGCACGCUCAUAGUGUUUGGUGCCGCCAACUGUGUGACCGGUCAAAAGAAGAACCUUCUAGCCCUGGCGAAGACCUGGUACAACCAAUUCACUAUUAACACACUGCGGCUGAUGCAUGCCAACAAGGCAGUGUGUGGCUUCCACCUGGGCUACCUGAAUGAUGACCAGCUUAUUUUCCAAACCCUGGGCAAACUGCUGGAGCUCUACAACCAGGGCAAGAUCAAACCUCGCAUUGACUCCACCUAUCACUUUGAGCAGGUGGGUGAUGCAAUGAGGCGUAUGCAUGAUCGCCUCAACAUUGGAAAAGUAAUUCUGCUUCCUGAACCUAAGAAGGAGGAGAAGGUUGAAUCCACCCCUGAGCCGGACGCCACGGACGACAAAAAAGAAGAGACAGAAAAAGACCUGAAAGAGGCUCCUACAGAAGACAACCAGAAAGAGAAGAAUUGAGACAGUUGUUGAAUAAAAUUAUCAAGCACCUCUAACUACAGGUAUUCUCUAUGCCAUAGUUAAAAAAUAUAUUUAAAAAAAGUGACAAUGGGCUAAACUUUGCUAAUAAUGUGUAUGCUGUUUAUUUCUCAUAUGUAGGAUGAUGUUGCCCCUAAUUGCAGGUCUAUGACCAGUGAGUUAAAAUGUGACCUGUUACUGUUGAAUUUUAAAUAGUAGCUGUUCAUUUGUGUUUAGGGGCAGUAUCUAUUUAGACUGUCCAGCAUAUAACCUACUGAUAGACCUGGGUGAAAGACAUAUGUAUUUGACACUAUUUGUGGUGCAUUUGUUUUAUCUGAGUAUUUUAACUUAUGGGACUGUUCCAUUAGUUUCAUUAUUCUGGUAUACUAAAUCAAGUGCACCUCAGGUAUAAGACAGUAUUAUUGUAUUUGACCCUGUCUUGUCUGAUGAAACUAGUGGCCUUGUCUUGCUGAAACAAUUGACCUAAGUCUAUUUGUGAACCCUCUGGUUUGUAAGAAAGAUCCUCAGACAAGAGGCUUUGUUAUUUGUUUUAUAGCCUCCACCACUGCAGCCUUCAAUGGAAAAAAUUAGUUAAGUGUUCCAACUUCUCUUAGCCGUUACAGUCAAGUCACUUAAGUAGCCCUCUAAUAUCCAACUCAUAUUGCAUGCUUUUCUUGAUCUAGCUUGCAGAAAUUGUGUUUAAACUAUGAAUUGGAAAGCCGGCCUUCUUAAAAAAACUUAUGUCAGUGCUUAAUGGAAAGUGUGUGAUGUUUAGAUGGUUGUGUCUAGUACAUCUACAGUAUGUGUGUUUGCGCGUUUAUCUGUAUUAAGAGAGAUUUAGAUGUUUCAUUUUGCAUGCUCUCUUUUAGUGUCAUGUUGUGUUUGAAUGGAUGCAUACAGUAUUUGUGUUAUGUGAUUUGGCCGUCUAAAGAGAACCAGAAGACCAGUGUUACAUUGUCAUUUGAUUGAUUGCCUUUUCCUGACCAAACGUGUGCCAAAUCAAUUGCAAGCCAACUUUCCCCUUUCCUUUUUCUUGACAGUUAACGUAAAAACAAAAAAAAGUGAGAAAUUGGACUUCCUUUGCCUUGUUCAAUGCUUAACAAUGUCAACCAUGCUUAACUGACCUUGUGUGUAAAGGUUUUUGGCACAAGACGCUGAUCACACUUUGUUGUACUUAUACCCUCAGUGCACUCUGUUGUUUCUCUUCAUCUUUAAUGGUCCUUGUUGGCUUGUCAGUAUUUACAGUGCCUCCUCUACUUUGUGAGUAAAUCCCAGGUUGUUUCUGUGUGACUCAAGGAUUAACCCUGUCUUCUUCCAGGUCAAUCAACCCCCACUGGCCUUUGGAACAGCAGAAUGGGGAAUAUACUUGACUUUUGUAUCAAACCACAUGAUUGCUAACUAAACUGUGCUUGCUUAUUGGGUCUUUCAACAUUCCUAUUUCAGUCCUAUACAAUCCUAUAGUAUAACUGAUUCAUAAGAAUUGUUGUCCUAUACUUUAAGUUUCCAAUAUUCAUUACAAGACCCACAUAUGCAUCGCAGUUCAUAGUAUUUUUGUCUGAGGAAAUCUUGUGGUAUCAAUGUUUUUGUGAUGACUUCAUAGUGCUCCAUUUCAUAUCCGUGGAUCUGUAUCUAGUGGCUAAGAUAAAUGACUCCAAAUGGUUAAUAUGAAAUAGAAGUGUGGAGGAAGCAGAUGUUCUUUCCAGCUGUGGCUGUAACUCAUUGCUGUGGGGCAGCAGAGAGGAGCGAGAGAGGGAGGGAGCGAGGGAGGGAAAGAGGAAGCCUGUCUCCCCAUCCAAACCACACCAGCUCAACACAUUCCACUCCAAGCCAUUUUCACAGCCUUCACCGUAGAGCACUGCUAUCGCUGUUUUGAUCUAAACAUUUGUUUUGUUGGAAAUGUAAAUGUAAAAUGUUCCCGUACAUUUUUUAAUUUGUUUGAUUUUUCUCCUGUAUGAAAUUGUAUUCCUAUUUUUCCGGGCAUCCGAGCAACUGGUGUGAGCUAAGACCUGGCUGGAAUCAUGUCAGAUGAAGGGGAAUGGGAUUGUAACUAGGAAACAGAGUUACUAUUUAUUUAGGAUUGUGUACUAAAAUACAAGUAGUACAGCAGGUGGUUCUAUUGUGGAGCUCUAAAGUGUUGGUUUAGGUGCUGAAAACAAAAUGUUCUGAAAAUGUUUGCCAAAUAUGAUUCUUCCAAGUAUUUACUCUUACACAAACGGCACUAUUAACUGUAUUUAUUGUAAAACACAUGUAUCUGCUUCUAAGUAUUUAACUUCAUCAAAUGAAUUUAUCAGCAGAGCUUGAAACUAGGUUAAACCACUUCAUCUGCUUGUCACAAUAUCCUGUAAUGCUUUCCUGCACUGGUGCCCUAUCGCCCUGUUGCCUUAUCUGUAAUGUUUUCUGAAAAGAAUAAAUGCCAAACGCAUGUGUGACA